UGAUAACCCUCCCUGUUCUUCCUGCUCUCAGACACACCUUGAAGCUGGUGGAGCAACAUCUGCUGGAGGUGAAAGCUGAUUGGCUGCAGCCUCUCUGCUCUGACACGUGAUUCGUAGAUCAGAGCUCAGAGCUGUUGCUGUUUUCAGGAAAUGAAACUCACACAGUCACUGUGACCGAGAGGAGAAAUGGAGCAGAACCAGCUGGACCGAGAAACCUUGUCCUGUUCGAUCUGUCAGGAUCUACUGAAGGAUACUGUGACUAUUCCCUGUGGACACAGCUACUGUAUGAAGUGUAUUAAAAACUUCUGGGAUGAAGAGGAUCAGAAAGGAAUCCACAGCUGCCCUCAGUGCAGGGAGACCUUCACACCGAGGCCCGUUCUGAAGAAAAACACCAUGUUAGCAGCUUUAGUGGAGCAGCUGAAGAAGACUGGACUCCAAGCUGCUCCUGCUGAUCUCUGCUAUGCUGGACCUGAAGAUGUGGCCUGUGAUUUCUGCUCUGGAAGAAAACUGAAAGCCAUCAAGUCCUGUUUAAUCUGUGUGGCUUCUUUCUGUGAGAAACACCUUAAGCCUCAUUAUGAUUCAGCUGCAUUCAAGAAACACAAGCUGGUGGAGCCCUCCAAGAACCUCCAGGAGAACAUCUGCUCUCGUCAUCAUGAGGUGAUGAAGAUGUUCUGUCGUACUGAUCAGAAGUGUAUCUGUUAUCUCUGCCCUGUGGAUGAACAUAAAGGCCACGACACAGUGUCAGCUGCAGCAGAAAGGACUGAGAGGCAGAGAGAGCUGGAGGUGAGACGAGAAAACAUCCAGCAGAGAAUCCAGGACAGAGAGAAAGAUGUGAAGCUGCUUCAACAGGAGCUGGAGGCCAUCAAGCACUCUGCUGAUAAAACAGUGGAGGACAGUGAGAAGAUCUUCACUCAGCUGAUCCGUCUCAUCCAGAAAAGAAGCUCUGAUGUGAAGCAGCAGAUCAGAUCCCAGCAGGAAACUGAAGGGAGUCGAGUCAAAGAGCUUCAGGAGAAGCUGGAGCAGGAGAUCACUGAGCUGAAGAGGAAAGACGCUGAGCUGAAGCAGCUCUCAGACACAGAGGAUCACAACCAGUUUCUCCACAACUACCCCUCACUGUCAGCACUCAGUGAGUCUACACACUCCUCCAGCAUCAAGAUCCGUCCUCUAAGCUACUUUGAGGAUGUGACAGCAGCUGUGUCAGAGCUCAGAGAUCAACUACAGGACAUCCUGAGAGACGCAUGGACAAACAUCUCACUGAGACUCACUGAGGUGGAUGUUUCACUGUCAGAACCAGAACCAAAGAGCAGAGCUGGAUUCUUGAGAUAUUCAUGUGAAAUCACACUGGAUCCAAACACAGCACAUAGUUAUCUGUUACUAUCAGAGGGGAACAGGAAGGUGACAAGGAUGAAACAACCUCAGUCUGAUUCUAGUCACACAGUUUUGUUAAAUGAUAUGUUGUUACUGUUUAUUAUGUGACUCAAAACAGCAUACACACAAUACUGGCAUACUAUUAGGGGUGAGUUUAUUUGCCAAGUUUGUGAGUACAAACAAGGAUGUAGAUUUCUAGUUCCAUCACCUUUUCUUUCUGUUUGCUACGAAUGAACAUGCUCUCUUUUUCUACAUCUCUAGCCCCCCGUUUAUUUCUGUUUAGCUGCCUUAAGCACAGCCACUAUUGUUCAUGAUUGUUUAUGAUACUGCACAGGGCCAUUUUGGAAGUGUGAUGUCAACUGUUUCUUCUUUCUUUACUGCAUUUUCACUGGGUGUGUUGAGUAGUGCCACACUGUGUUUUGCUGUUAUUCUUUGGAAUGCCCAGAGGUUUAAUUUAUAAAGCUUGCAUAUGCACAAAAUUGGGCCUGAAAGUUGUGUACGUCACUACACGGAAAUGUUGGGAUCUAAAAAAACAAACAAAAACUUGACUUGAAAAUCUGCAGUUCUCACGAAAACUCUGACCCAGGCAUACGCUUAUUUUGCAGACAGAAGAAAUUGGCAAGCAUAUAGUAAAGUGGUGAAUUGCUGCCAAACUGCUUGAUGAUUCCUUUCAGAUGCUCAUUUUCACUCUAUAUCAGACUGUAAUCAUAGUAUGACUUCAUCAUGAGCAUUCAUGCUUAUGCUGGGAACAUUCAACUAAACAAAUGGACCUUUCAAAUAAAAAAUGGCUAUAAGCCAACUUAAAUAAAAGUCCACACAACAUUUUAUCGGGGUUUUCCAUCACUGCAUUCCUUUCCACGAUGAUCACCAUGUUACCUUUUUUUUCGUGGUAUAGGUACAAUUUUAAUAUGGAUUCCAUGCAAAGUUAUAUGUAUGAGACCCCAGGGACCUAAAAUCUCCCUUUGAUUUCAGAAAUGGGCUGCGGUGGUGAAGAUCUUUAUUAAGCAGCGUUAAAAUUGAUUUACAAUUUUUAGCUUUGAUGAAAAUGAAUGUGUUUUCAACAAAUAAAGACUAAGAAUUAAAGUGAAACAUUGUUUCAAUUCCA